GUGGCAUUUAAUCAUGUAUAAACAAAAUUAGUUCGGAAGCGGUUUUGAAAAUCUGUCAAGUGCAAAGUUUGUAAUGCCCAAGUGAGAUCUUAGGACACGGCUUAGCAGUGAUGUAAACUAGUGCUGAUAACUUUGCUUUGCUGACAGGAAGUAUGGACGAUGAGAUGUUUUAUGGAGAUGAGUUUCCUGACAUAUCAGGAAUUGAUGAAGAUGUGCUUAGGGCUUACUUGGAAGGGGAUACUGUUAACCCAGAAAUAGAGGAGUUGCUCAAAGCCUAUAGCCAAAAAGCCCCAGAAGCUUUGACGCGAGUAUCCGUGAAAGAGUUGUGGGAAAACUGCCUCUCUCCAACGUUCUUCCAGACCAUUGAGAACCUGAUACCACUGCUGCUGUUGUGUUUUGUGUUCAAAUUGAUCUGCUCAUUCUCAAAAUCAGGAUCUGAUGACCAAGACAUACCUCCAUGGCUAAUACACCUGUCGAGCCUGAUGCUUGGGUUGCUGGCCCUGCACAUGUUCUUCCAGCGUAACCUGUUCUACCUGGUACUGUGCUGCACCCUGUGUUACCUGGUUCUUGUCUUCACCAACUGGAGGAACAGGGACUAUUGUGGCGUGUCCAUGGCUUGCUUUAUUGUGGCUUAUUUAGUCGCUUGUGAAUAUUUUAUCCAGAGCACUGUUUGGCAUAGCAUAAGAGGGGCACAAAUCAUCCUGUCCAUGAAAGUGAUUGGCAUAGCAUUUGAUCUCACUAACGGCUCCAUAAUAGAGUUCCCUGAUGUGUUCGCGUUCUUUGGUUACAACUUCUGUGUGGGGACUGUCAUCUUUGGUCCAUGGAUCAGCUUUCAGGAGUACAAGCACAUCUUGUCACAACACCGCAGACCAAUCAAAGCAAUGUGGGUGUUGAAGAUAUUUUUCAGUGUCUCGUGUUCCCUGCUGUGUGUCAUGUGCUCCACCUGUUUUGUACACUGGCUCAUCCUCGAUAACAACUUCAAGUACAUAGUUGCGUAUAGGGAUGCCCAGUCGUUCAGAUUUAGUCAUUACUUCAUCAGCUUCCUAUCAGAAACCUCUGUGAUUCUGUGUGGACUGGGAGCAUCUCACACUAACGAGGAGGUGAAAUGGGACUUGCGCGUGAGUAAACCAUUACAGAUUGAACUACCAAGGUCCUUAGUUGAAGUGGUCACCAACUGGAAUAUACCGAUGCAUAAUUGGCUUAAAAAUUAUGUUUUUAAAUCAGCUAGGCCCUUAGGAAAUUUUGCUGCGGUAUUUUUAACCUAUAUAGCCAGUGCUUUAUUGCAUGGAUUGAAUUUCCAGCUUGCUGCUGUUCUGUUAUCUUUAGGUGUCUAUACCUAUGUUGAAUAUGUAUUUAGAAAUAAAUUAGCAGUCAUUUUUGAGGCUUGUGUGAAAGCUAAGAGAUGCACAGAUGGAUGUUCACAUGUAUAUAAACAUAAUCAUCCCUAUGUGAUUUUUACAAAUGUGUUGUUUGGUUGUCUUGCUAUAUUCCACCUCACGUAUCUUGGGCUGAUGUUUGAUACUAGCUCUCAGGAUGAAGUGGGAUACAGCAUGGAACACACUCUCAAGAAAUGGUCGGCACUUAACUUCAUCAGCCAUUGGGUAGUGUUGGGAACAUACCUCUUCAACAUCAUGAUUUGAACAAUUUUUGUCAUGGAAAAUUACUUUAAAUUACUUAUUAAUUUACUUUCUAGUGAGUGGACCCUUGACGUUAUAAGCCACUGGUUGUUCUUGGAAGUUUUCCUUUUCAAAUUUUGAUAUGAAUGAGGUUUGUUUCUAGAGAGAUUAUUCCGCAAAACAAAAUGGCCAACUCUCAGCUGUAAAAUGCGAUGGUUGGUCUUUUGAUUGUUCUUUUACAAUAUCAUGAUAUUAAUCAUACAUGCCAUAAUUUUUUAGACCAAUUCCGGGACAUUGAGUUAAAUUGUCCGGGACUUUUGCCAAUUUUCCGGGACAUGUAUAAAAUGUAGCGAUAUUUAAAGACAUAUGCAUUUUUGGUACGUUUUUUUUUGUUUCGCAUCGUUAAUAGCAAAAGUUCGAAAGCCUAUCCGAAAUACACUUGAUCUAUUAACGUCAAAUUAAACAUUUCUACUUCCGUUACUAGAUACAAGCCACGUGUUUUCAGUGUAAGCGUUCUAAACAUAGAUGGUGACGUCACUGCGUUAUUGUUAUUAAGACCGGUGUGUGUAACGCGUAGUUGUUGAUACGCCUUUAUUCAUUUAUAACAUUUAUAUAAUAAAAAAUACAACAAUACAGUACCGUUAGAUCGUCAACUCAAAUCAAUUCACAAUAGUUUUUUUAACGUUAUGUUUACUGGGGGUUUAGAACAAGACAAUAAUAAACCGUGUGAGGAUGACGUUUUUAUAUGCUUUCUUUUUUACUCAACUUCUUUGUCGGUUAAACGUGCGAACAUAAACUGCUUUUAAUUUUUUACUCCGCGAUAUUGGACUUAAGAUGUGUGAACAACUAUCCUUUGCCCUUACGCAGCGGGAAAUAAUGACGUAGUAGAUUAAAGUCAAUUUACAACCACAUUAAACAAUGCCGCCUUUUUUUGUUUGACCGCGAACGUGAGACAAUCGAUAUAAUAACAGGACCCCUGUUAAUUGAUCGAUUUUGACACGUAGCGUAGUCUGCCUAUUCGGGUAGGCAUUGUCAUGGAGACGCUGCAGAUAUACUAGUACACAGAUUCGAGGUGCAGUUAAGCUUAAGAUAAGGUACAUGUAUUUAUGGAUUUUGUAAAUUCCGGGACAUUUGACAGAUUUCCGGGACAGCGGGACAAGUCUUCAUUUCCGGGACUGUCCCGGACAAUCCGGGACGUAUGGCAUGCAUGUAUUAAUCAUAAGAAAUAUAUUAAUCAUAGAUCAUAUAUUAAUACUUAAUAUUGUUUAUGAUAAACCCUAGGUUGUUUUGUCAAAGAAUUUUUUUUCAUUUUUGUAUUUUAUGAUUUUUUAAAUAUAAAAUAUGUGGUAAUCCUUGCAAUAAUUUCUAUCAGUAAGGGUUACACAAUGUUGUUAUUAUUGAUGGAAUGCCGUAAAUUUUGGCUUGAAGGAUGCCUGUUUUUCAGAUACAAAAAAGUAAGGUCCUUAUUUGUUGAAAAAAGUUGCAAUUUAAGUGUGUCAAAUUUACCAAAAACUACUAUUAUGAACAUAAAAAUGUUGUUUCUGACACUUCCUCUUUCGGAUACAAUAGAAAUGCAGGUCCAUAUUUGUGGAAACAUGUUGAAAAUUUAAAUGUGUCUAAUAUACCCAAAAUUAAAAUUCACGUCAUUUGUUUACUGAUGCCGUUACUUUUGUUGUUAUGCACAUCACAAAGCAGUUCUGACACUUACUCUGAUGCAUUUUAUAUUUUUGUAAAAAGGAACAUUUGUGAUGUAUAAGUUUUGAAAAUACAUACAUAUUAAAAAGUAUUAUACUUAUACAUUAUUCUUAGAUGUGUAAUAUAUCAAUUACAAAUUUAUUAUUAAAUUGUCUUAGUGUAGAUAGAACAAAUAGGAGUUGUUGCUUAUAAACCGAUCAUACACACCUUAGAAAAGAAUUUGAUGAAAUAAAAGUAGGCUGAUGCGCAAUAAGUAAGUUUUGGCAAGUUAAAGAAGCAUUCAAUAUAUAUGCCGGUGCAGAGUGAUGAAUGUUUAAUGUAUGACACUUAACCCUUCCAGUGCGGGAACCGAAUUUUAAAGGCCUUUGCAAACAGUUUGGAUCCAGAUGAGACGCCACAGAACGUGGUGUCUCAUCAGGAUCCAAACUGUUUGCUAUUCUGAUAGUAUUCUUUGAAAAAAAAAUCGAAGAAAAUGCUAAUUUUAGAAAUUCAGCAGACAACAUUUAAGCAGAAGACAAAUUUCCCAGCAUUCAAAGGGUUAAAUAUUUGGGUGACUUUUGUUUUUAAGCUUAAAAUUCCAACUUUUAGAAUUGUUUGUAAAUAUCAAAUCGCGAUGUUAUUGCACUGGCUUAUCAGGAAUGACACUUUCUGCCUUUGCUGGAUUUUUAUUGAGAAAAUUCUUCUUUUGAAAGAAGAAUUCCAUGAUAGCAGGAAGUGUUGUCCCUGAUUAACUCUUUCAGUGCGGAAACCGAAUUUUGAAGGCCUGUGCAAACAGUUUGGAUCCAGAUUUGACGCCACAGAACGUGGCGUCUCAUUAGGAUCCAAACUGUUUGCUAUUCUGAUAGUAUUCUUUGAAAACAAAAUGAAGAAAAUGCUAAUAAAAAAAAUUCAGCAGCCGACAUUUUUGCAGACAAAUUUCCCAGCAUGCAAAGGGUUAACAUGUGCAGACUGAGCAGGCUCAUAUGGGACAACACUGUAUGCUCAUGCAUUAAACCUGGCUUACCCAGAACACAGCUUAUAUAUAGUCUCAUGUAAUCAGUCAUGUUUAUUUAUUUAAAAAAAAUAUUAACUUGCAUGAAGUGUUUCAAAGUCAUAAUGUGUUUUGUUUAAUAUUGUUAACAAUCUGAUGUAUUUCUUGUUGGCACUUUCUACAAAUAGUUUAAAUAUUUGUAUUAAAUGGUGAUGCUCGUACACUUUUUUCUUAGUCAGUAAAUUUAUCUCAAUCAAUACGAUUUCUUUAUAUUGCGGUUAAAACUGCCCUAAUAAUUAAGAUGCACCAGCAAACAAAUGUGACAAAAAAAGUCUGCUUUCUUAUUGAGUUAUUGUUGAUUCUUAUAAAUAAUGACCUUCAUAUAUAAACCAAGAACAAAAUUAGUGGUAAACUACUUAAUAACCGUCUAAGCGUGACAACAGGAUAGUUUAAUACAGUUUUCAUUUAAAUGACAACAAUUUUUGAAUCUGUCAAAUUUCAAUGAUUAAUUUCUCAAUUGUUUAUUUAUAGGUCAACAAUGUCUUGUCAUUUUAAUGCAUGGCUCUUAAACAACUUAGCUUACAUCCUCACGGUUUCAUGCUUAUAAUUACAAUUUAAAGGAUUCAUUAUUAUAUAUGCAAGCUAUCCUUGUAGCAGUACUUGAAUGUUCAUGCCUGAAUGUUUAACAUUCUCACUUAUAUUGAAAUUAUAAGCAAUCUUAACCCUUUCAGUGCUGUAACCAAAUUUUGAAGGCCUUUGCAAACAGUUUUGAUCCAGACGAGACACCACAGGAUGUGGUGUCUCAUCUGGAUCCAAACUGUUUGUUAUUCUUAUAGUAUUCUUUGAAAAAAAUGAAGAAAAUGCUAAUUUUAGCAAUUCAGCAGACGACAUUUUAGCACUCAGUUUUAUAUCCAGUAGGGAUAAAGAUAUACAUAUUUCAUAGUAUUGGUGUAUACGACAGUUAUAACUAUGUAGUGAAUUCGUAUUUGUAAACUUUGAUAAAGCCCGUUUGGGCGAAAUAUUAAUAAAAGAGUGUUUUUACUAUGAGACAUUUUAGCAGACGACAAAUUUCCCAGCAUGCAAAGGGUUAAAGGGUGAUAUGCAAUGUUAUGUUGUUCUGAUGUGCAGUCUGAAAAUUAAGCAAGAUGUGUUUGUGAAACACUAUGCCCCCCCAUAUAUUUGACCUUUGACCUUGAAGGAUGACCUUGUAUAGACUGGGGGACAUAAAAGAACAAUUUACGUCUCAAGCAAACAAUAGUCUGCUUAUAUAUUUCUAGACGUCUGAACUCCUAUUUUAUAAUUGUUUUAAUUUUUGUGGAUACAAACUUUCUUAAUGUAUGUCAGCCUAUCUUGCCUGUUAUUAACAUUUUUUUUAACUUGUAACUGCAGCGUCUGAUGGUAUUGUCAGUAAAAUCUAGUUGCAACAAAGCAAUGUAAUGUCCGUCUAUAAGAAAACAAAUAUUGGUGAUUUUGAAGUGCAAUAUAAAUCUGCUUGAAUUAUAACUCUGCCCUUAAAUAAAUGGAUUUAUACUAAAAUACAAUAUUGAUGAAAGACACUGCCUUUUAAUUCAAUCCAAAAAUUAAAAAAUGUUUAAAACAAGCAAAGCCAAUGAAGGUCCACCUUAAAUAAUUUUUAAGUCAAUCAAAUAUAUCCAGGCUUGUCGACCUAUUUUUAACAAGAUAUACUUCUGCAUUAAUCUGUGAUGGUUAUCAGUUAUAUUAGCCUCACUUGUAAUCUAGAAUCAGACUGACCAAUCAUGUGCUAGCCAGUCUAGCCUUUUACACAGGAGGCCGAUUUAUUAAAAUGUUUCCACUAAUAAAAGCCAGAAGGUGAUGCAUCAUCAUUGGCCUUUUCUUUUUUUUAUUAACAAUAUGCUGUAAAGAAAUUUUGUUUGUAUUGGCUGAUACUUGUAGAUACCGAAACUUACAACUAACAGCAAAUUGUGCCAAAAAUAUUAUCUUAUACAUGGAGUAUGUGUACCAAAGAUUGUAAAAACAAUGUACAUAUUUAAUGAUUAUAUGUAAAAUGUUAGUAUUAUAUACUGUAUGCCUCAGAAAGGAGACAUAUUAAAUAAACAAUCAUCACUGUCAAAGAUCAAAAAUGUCAUUUAUUAUAUAUAUAGUAAGGUUUAGUUCUCGUUUAAAUUUGCCGAAAAUUUAGAGCCACAUUCAAACAUCACUGAAUUAGCUAAGGUAUAUUGUCAUUCAGUCAUAAAAAUGUACUAUUUUCAUAUUUUGGGAGAUAUGGUCUGGUUUUUGCUAAAAUUCCAACUUAAAAAAUGCCAGUGUUUAUCUAUGUGACUUCCUGAGCAUAAAUUAUGUAAAUGAGCUUCAAGGAUUUAUUGCAAAUGUUUGCGAUCAAACAUGAAGUAGAUUAUAUGUCCAUUUCAUAAUUCCAAUUGAUAAUAGGUAUAUGUUAAUAGUUCACUAGGUUUGGUAUAAUUUAGUCACUCAAUUUAAGUUGGAAUAAUAGUAUGCUGUCAUUAGUAAUACCAAACCUGCACUACUUCAGUUGAUUGUUUGAUUCUUUCAUAUGGCUGCUUGAAAUUGUAUACAAAUUAUAUUUAUAUGUGCCACACUUUUUGUUAGCUGUCAUCAGUUAUUGUCAUUGUUGUUAAACUGUUAAUAUACAUGUAGGUUUAUUUUUGUUUGUGUUAAGAAGUUAAAUGUAUUGUUUACAUUAUUAUACUUAUUUAUGUGAGCACGUGUUGUGUGCUAGAUUUGUAACUUUUAAAUGCUUUAGCAAUUGUAUAAUAAAUGAUACGAAGCAGGCUUGUAUUAAGUGCUUCAAAGACGGAUGUUUUGUAUUAAAAUAUAUUAUGGAUAAA